CUGCGCAAAGCAGCCUCCGAGUCGUCGGUGAGAGCCUCGGUUCUUGUUCCUUGCUGAACUUGAAGCUAGGUACAAACUGCUCCCUCAGGCUCGAGACAAUAGCUCAGCAAUGGCGGCCAUGGCCUACCAAUCAUGCCGUUCCUCCAGCCUCUUCCAUAGACAGCGAUCGAAUGAUGUCGCCUGUAUUAUUGCAUUCGACAGGCGGGCUAAAAGGCUCUUUUGGAACAGACCGGCGACCCUACUCCGUCCGACCGAUGUCCUGGGCGUCGGCUACCCCAUACCCCACUGGCACUUGACCCAGCCUGGGACACUCCUGUCCACCCGCUUCCAUGGCUUUAUCCCCAGGCAGGGUACUAUAUGUUCCGAGUCCUGACCUUCGCGGUGCUUCAUCUUUGUUUAGUAAGAGCCCUGCCGCUCGUACAGAUUUAAUCAUUUAUUUAUCAGGUAUCGGUUGACCACUUGUCCCGGAGAGAAUGCCACUAUAGUCGACGGUCCUCAUUCUAUCCCUUCUGCUCUUCUGUGUCUCCCUGUACAUACAUCCCAGCACAUCUCCAUAUUGUGAUCCCGGCCUUGUAUCAUUCUGCCACAAUACAUACCCAGUCCCGUUCUUGUUCCGUUCCGUUGUCUCCCAUAUCUGCCUGACGGCGCCAGUCUCAACACCCUGAUCUUCCGCCGUUAUGGCCCCUCAUAAUAUAGCACAGGACGAGGCGCAGCGAGCUUCUCUUGCCGACCCUGAGAAGUUCUGGGAUAUACACGCGAAACAGCUUUACUGGCACAAACCUUACCGCAGCGUCUUGCAGCGAAAGACCAAACGGCUACAAGAUGGCACAACCCAUCCACACUGGUCGUGGUUCCCGGACGGCGAAAUCAGCACCACAUACAACUGCAUUGAUCGGCAUGUGAAAGCCGGCAACGGGGACAAGAUUGCCAUGAUAUGGGACAGCCCGGUGAGCGGCUCCAAAGAGAAAUACACCUACAAGCAGAUGCUGGAAGAGGUGGAGGUUCUAGCCGGGGUUCUACGAGAAGAGGGAGUGAAGAAAGGCGACGUGGUUCUGAUCUACAUGCCCAUGAUCCCGGCGGCCAUCUUCGGCAUGCUUGCUGCAGUGCGGCUGGGUGCGAUGCACGCCGUGGUGUUUGGAGGAUUCGCCGCCGCCAGCUUGGCCCAAAGAAUCGAUGCCGCCAAACCAGUGGUCAUUCUAACCGCCAGUUGUGCCAUCGAAGGCACCAAGGGGCCUUUGGAGUACAGGCCGUUUGUGGAGGAAGCUAUUGAACGAAGCACUUGGAAGCCCAGCAAGACCAUCAUCUGGCAGCGUGAGAUUCGAAGAUGGGAUCCUGUCAACAAAAAUGCCGGCCAGCGGAAUUGGCAAAGGCUGGUCAAGAGCGCCCGCAACAGAGGUGUACGGGCCGAAGCUGUGCCGGUGAAAAGCACCGAUGGCUUGUACAUCAUCUAUACCAGCGGAACGACAGGCCUGCCCAAGGGCGUCCUCCGCGAAGCAGGUGGACAUGCCGUUGGCCUGAAUCUCAGCAUCAGAUAUCUCUUUGACGUCAAGGGACCUGGGGAUGUCAUUUUCACCGGUAGUGACAUUGGCUGGGUGGUGGGUCACUCUUACAUCGUCUACGCCCCCUUACUGGCCGGUGCGACCACGGUGUUGUACGAGGGCAAGCCGAUCGGCACUCCCGAUGCUGGCGCUUUCUGGCGCCUCGUCGACGAAUACAAAGUUACUACACUGUUCACCGCCCCAACGGCCCUACGGGCCAUCCGAAAGGAGGAUCCAGAGGACAAGUUCUUCCGAAAACAUGGGGAGAAAGGUGCACUGCGGCAUCUGCGGGGGUUGUUCCUUGCAGGCGAACGGUCUGAGCCGUCCAUCAUCGUGCAUUAUCAAGACCUUUUGAGCAAGUAUGCAGCCCCGGACGCUCGGGUCAUUGACCACUGGUGGUCCAGCGAGUCGGGCAGUCCUAUGACUGGUCUCGCCUUGCGACCCGCCAUUGGCCUCGACCCCAACAGCCGCGAAGAACACAAAGCCCUGGCCAUCAAGCCUGGCAGCGCGGGCAAGCCCAUGCCGGGCUUCGAUGUGCGCAUUGUGGAUGAUGAAGGCAAUGAGGUGGAGCAAGGCAAGAUGGGCAACAUUGUUCUUGCCAUGCCCCUGGCUCCUACAGGGUUCACGACUUUGUUUAAUGAUGACUCGCGGUUCUAUAAGGGGUAUCUGAAGCGUUUCAACGGCAAGUGGCUGGACACAGGGGAUGCCGGAAUGAUCGAUCAGGACGGUUACGUCCAUGUCAUGAGCCGGAGCGACGAUAUUAUCAAUGUCGCAGCGCAUCGCUUCAGCACAGGUGCCAUUGAACAAGCCAUCACCUCCCACCCCGGUGUAGCUGAAGCCUGUGUCGUUGGCAUCCCCGAUGCAAUGAAGGGCCAUCUACCAUUUGCAUUCGUGAUUCCUUCGGCCUCAACAUCGUCUGAUCUACCAGCAAUGCCGUCCAAGGAGUUCUUUGACAGUAUCAACAAGAUUGUGCGCACGCAGAUUGGCGCCAUCGCCUCUCUAGGAGGAAUCGUCCAGGGCAAAGGCAUGAUCCCCAAGACCCGGAGCGGCAAAACACUACGGCGCGUGUUGCGAGAACUGGUCGAAAACGCCGUCGAAGGUAAUUACGACAAGGAAGUCAAUGUCCCUGCCACUGUGGAGGACAAGGAGGUCGUCGAGGUGGCCAGGCAGAAAAUCAAAGAGUGGUUUGAGGAGAGGAAGAAACAGCAGGGCACGACAAAGGCCAAAUUGUAAACCCAACCAACAUUCUUACUACCGUCUCGAUGUUGGAUACAGUAUCAAACUGAAGGAGACAGCCAUGUUUUGUAUAGUCACUGUAGCUAAUGUACAAGUUUGCGACUGAUUCAUACCAACAA